AUGCGAGAGCGGCGAGGAAGAGGAGCCAGCGGGCAGCGAGGAUGGGGCAAGCCCUCUGGCUCCACAAUGGAAAACUGGCAUUCUGGACCUGUGCCACAAACAGACCCGGAAGUGUCAGACAGUACAGAAGAUCAGGUCCCAGGACUGUCUCACUUGACCAUCAGGGAUCCACCUUCAAAGUCCAGGCCUAGAAAGCACAGCAUGGCUGUUUAUGCUAGUCCAUACGAGAAGAGAUCACCAAAUACUCCUCUAGUAGCAAAUAUGGCGGGCGAGGGCAGUCCGGGCGAGGGGGCGGCGCUGGGCCCUGGUGCCUGGGCCGCCGUCUGGCCGGACUCGGGGCUGCCCACCAUGAGCGCUCGCGGGGCACAGCAGCCCUCCGAGCUGCGGGAGGCGGCCGGCCUCUACGGAGACCCCCGCGGGCUCUUCCCGGCGCCGGGGGGCGGCUACGGCUUGGCCGAGGCAGGCGGCAGCCCCUACCUGUGGCUCAACGGCUCGGCGGUCCCGUCCCCCCCUUACCUGGCCGCCGCCGGCCCCACCGCCGCCGGCCCCUUCCUGCACUCUCCUGCGCCCUACGGGGCUGGCGGGCGGGCGCUGCUGGGCGCCCCGACGGCCGGGCCGGAGCUGGGCUGGCUGUCGCUGGCCGGCCAGCAGGACCUGCUCAAGCUGGUGCGGCCGCCCUACUCGUACUCGGCGCUGAUCGCCAUGGCCCUGCAGAGCGCGCCGGGCAAGAAGCUCACCCUGAGCCAGAUCUACCAGUACGUGGCCGGCAACUUCCCCUUCUACAAGCGGAGCAAGGCUGGCUGGCAGAACUCCAUCCGCCACAACCUCUCGCUCAACGACUGCUUCAGGAAGGUGGCCCGCCAGGACGACGACCCCGGUAAAGGCAAUUACUGGACCUUGGAUCCGAACUGUGAGAAGAUGUUUGACAAUGGCAAUUUCAGGAGGAAGCGAAAGAGAAGGUCUGAUCCAGCAAACGGUCUUGGAGCCUCCGACAAAGCUGAGGACAAAGGCGGCGGCCAGCAAGUGCUGGAAACUCCUGCCCUGAUCAACUCGGGCUCUCCUCAGCUUCCAUGUUUGCAGAGUUCUGUGAAUGACUGUAAAUCCUCUAGCCUGGAUUCCAGCAGUUGUGUUUCCUCCUUCUUCUCUACCAUGAAUGCUACAGUCCAUAACAGAAAUGGCUUCUCCAGGCAGCUGGGCUCUGAAUUCCCUCAUGGGAGGCAGAAUGGGUCCAGUUUGAGCUCUUGCUCUGCCUCCAGCAGCCCAGCUUCUGGAUUUGAACUUGGCUCUCAGAACCACUCCAGAGUCAAUUACUAUGCAGGGGCUGGUAGCCAGACAAGCUGGCUUAGCACCCCUGUCCUGAGCACCUUCAGUGUGAACAACCUGAUAUACAACAAAGAAGGGACAGAGGUUUAAAGGGACGGUAAAAUAGCCUAGGUUUGAAUUAAACAGUUGUUUUUCAGUGCUUCGCCAUUUUGCCUUAAGGCUGUGGUACACGAAAGAGUAACCCACUAAUAAAAGAGAACCUUGGGUGGUAGAAUUGGGUGCCACUGAGGGUGGUAGAUGAGAAGUCAGGCAGAUCUGAUCUGACUCCCAGGGUCAGAUCCAUUCCCCAUGCCUUACUGUGAGAAGCAGGAUCUGUACAUCAGCAUGAGAGUUCAGACUAAUGGAACUACCACAAGAGAAAUUCCCAGAAAAUUGUACUACAUGAUAGUAGGAAAUGGAACAAUUUUGAUUUUCCACCUCCAGUACCAAAAUCGGGCCCUUUUUAUGGUAGGACAGUGUGAUUUUAUGCCUUACAACAACUUUACUGCAAAAUAAAUCAAAUAAAGAAAUGUUGAUGAAAUAUUUUUUCAAAAACCUUUAGUUAUCUGAACUACUUGGGAGGAGAUCCAGUGGUGGGAUUCAGCACGUUUGCACCACUUUGGCAGAACCGGUUGUUAAAAUGGUGCUUGUAAACAACCAGUUGUUAAAUUAUUUGAAUCCCACCACUGAGGAGGUCCCUUUGGCUUCAGUGGCACACAUUCCAGGGACCGCGCUAAGGUUAAUUAUCAGGUGUGGUUUGAAUCAUAUUGAUUUUGGGUAAAGACCCACACCAUCUCAUUCACUAGCUCUGUUUACAGUCUUUUUUGCUAUGCAUUUAUGGCCUUAGAUUCUUGCUUUUAACAAAAUGCACUAAUCCACAAAAUAGGAGUAUUUUAGAAUGUGUGUACAGUAGCUGUAUGUAUCUCAUAGAAGGAAAUGUGUUUUGGAAAAUGUUAGAGAUUAUAGAGUUUUAGAUUCAGCGUAUGUUACUACCCUGUUGCUGAUCUAUGCAAUAAACAAGAUAAAAAUUGCAAAGAAAAUUAGUAUGUUUUAAAUUCUAACUUGAUAUUCAACUAUUGUGUUUAUGAAUUGAAAAGAGGUAUAGUUAUUACUUAAAGCUGAACUAGGUCUCACUAAUGUUUAAGAUGCAAGAGCCUUGAUUGAUGCCAACGUUUAAUCUAGAACUUGUAAUGGAGCAGUCAAAUCCUUGGACCAUGUGCAGAAUUACUGUCGUGUAUUAUUUAUUAAAAUGAUUGCUUCAUAUCUGGGAUUAGAAGUACAGGCACCCAACCUAAGACAGAUGGAUGGUGUCAUCUCAGGUUUCCUCACCUUCUGUUUGAAUAAAUAAGACCUAAGGAGGUCUGAAUAGAAGAAUGGGAAAGGAGGGGGAUUGAAAGUUGACCUUUAAAGCACUGUGUCAUGAUAGCAAACACUGCUUGUUCUUCCUGUAGGUAAACAACCAGAGUUAGCCCAACUGUUUAAAAAGUUACUGUUAAAAAUGGUGCGCUAAGAAUAACUAUUCUCAUCUUGAUCCAAAUUAUGUGGGUGAAGCCUGGUAAGGAUUUUGUUCAUUUCUAUCCUGCUAGACAAUUGAGAGUCUGAUCUGCGCAUGUGCUUUAGUCCAAUAAAUCUGUUGUUCUUUAAA